AUGCCGUUACCUACUCAUUUGGAUGCUGAAAAUAAAGAUCUGUUUAUGCGUGUUUUAAAUAUAUCGUACCCGCUAACUAUUGAAAAUGUUAAAAAGGAUACUUGUGGUGUGCAUAUUAAACUUUGUUUUCCAACUACUUCCCAUUUAGGUAUUGAAAUAAAAUACGAAAUGGAUAUGAUGCAUCUUCCUGCGGGUUAUUACACCUUGGAAAAAUUAAUAAAUGUUCUUAAUUCGUAUGUUUCCGAAUACGAUAUUCAAUUUUCGAUAUUACCAAGUGUUGGUACAAGUAUUGUGGGUAGCAUAUUUGGUAAAAAAACAGCCCAGAGACAAGCACCUAGUGUUAAUCAACCUUCAAGACAACGGUCACAGCAACCCCCACCACAAUGGAUGACCGAUAGACCAAGACAAUGUAGACGGCAAAGACAUCGUUAUGAUUAUGAUGACAAUUAUUAUUAA